CAAACCGAUGGCUGCCAUGUACCGUUAGUCCUCAUUGAAACGCGCAAGCAGGCGGUUGUGUCCUCGUCCCACUGCCAUCGCAUUAAAUGUGCUAAGUUUGAUUUUCAAGAUUCCUCUUCAAAGGCAAUUAAUAUCGUAAUUAAUUAAAACCAACUCAAGCCAAAUAUAAUACUAUCUGCCCAUAAAAAAGUGAAAGUUCGGAAAAAGUAAAGACUUUGAUCGGUAAUAUCGCGGUUCGUUUUAUUCGCACCGGGUUCGCAUUGUGACUUCCGCGCUCCCGACUAUAUCGUUAUUUAGGGGCUCCAACUAGGUUCUCUCACCCCCAAAAACUAAACCCAUUCUCUCUCGCGAAAAAGCGUCGAAACGCACAUUGCUGGCCACGAUUUUAGAGCCGCUAACGAAAACAAAAUUAACCGGCACACGUCGGGCAUUCCAAUUUGUGAUUAACCGCAAGAAAGACAAAGAUUUUUAAUUAAAUUAAGAGCGAAUGGGAAAUGCGAGUCACCGCAGAAGCAAAUGUAAACAAUCAGAACGGAAAUUAAAUAUUUAAGUAUUCGUUCGUGGGAAAUUGUGUCGAAUUUUAAAGUAGGACGACAACAGGACCUCUGUGCAUACUAAAGUGACGUAUCCGCAUCGUGUGUGUUUUGUGUGGGUAUAAGUGCGGGUCCUCCUCGCCGCUCAAGUGUUUCCAGCAUAAACCUACAUUAAGUAGUGUGUGAGCUUAGCCGAAAUAGCCAUAAAUAAAGCCCGGCUAACAAAUAAGCAAGCAAACAACUAAGAAAACUAACAAACAAACUGUGAGGUCAAAGUGCUAGGUCAGGCUAAAAGACCAAAAAAGUGACAGAAUUGUUUCGAGUUCCGAGUUCCGAAAUACACCCUGGUAUUCAGAAAGGGCACAAGCACUAGUCGCCGUCAUUGUCGCAUCUAUAGCAAUUAAAACGGACGUCGCCCAAAGCAAAUAGCCAACAGCUAUAAAUUUGCAACGCCCCAGGAAAAUGCAUUGCAGCAAAACAAGCAAUUAAAGCAGAGCAGCCCCCCCAACAAACCACGAUUCGAAGGAACCGAGCCCCCGUUUGUAUCCUGCCUGCUGUGCUAAAAACCUAUUUUGAAUAAUUAAAAUUCCGUAAGUGCUGCAGCAGUCGUCGAAGACGUCGAGGAAGGAGAAAGAACCGGGAGCGGCUCCACUUUCUCGCAACACAAUCUGCGGCCAGCAAAUUCGUGUGCAGCAAUGAAAUAAUUAAUUCAAUGCACCUGACUAAGCCGGCCACCACUAGAAGUAGCAGCAACAACAGAAGUAGCAGAAGCAACAGCAGCACCAGCAACAUUGCUUAUAAAUUCAAGUGCUCCACCAGCAACAACAGCAACACCACCAAAAUGGCUACAGAGGGAAGGACAAUUAGCCAUCCAAGACAUAUCCAGGAUCGGAAAAACCUGAGGAGCCUCCACACCAGUCUACUCCUGGCCAUCUCAAUGGUGUCCCUGCUUUUUGAAAGCGCAUCUGCCCAGAGCAUGUUGUCCAAAAAUGAGCCCAUGUUCAUAUCACGUUCGGAGACAUUCAAAUUCAUCACCGGCGAGACAAUAGUGCUGCCCUGCGAGGUGGCCAACACGGAUGCAUAUGUUGUGGCCUGGAAGCGUGGCAUCGCCAUAUUAACGGCCGGAUCCGUGAAAGUAACACCCGAUCCUCGAGUUCGCCUGGUCAACGGAUUCAAUCUCCAGAUACGCGACGCCCAGCCCACAGAUGCCGGAGAUUAUAUCUGCCAGAUUGCCACCAUGGAUCCGAGGGAAAUCACCCACACGGUAGAGAUACUGGUGCCACCGAGGAUUCAUCACAUUAGCACCGGCGGACAUUUGCAAGUCAAAAAGGGCUCGUCGGUGCGCAUCGAAUGCUCGGCCACUGGCAAUCCGAUGCCGAAUGUGACUUGGAGCCGCAAAAAUAAUAUUUUGCCCAACGGCGAGGAGAAGCUACACUCGCACGUCCUCUCCAUUGAGAACGUGGAUCGGCACAAGGGCGGUGUAUACAUCUGCACUGCAAACAAUCGAGUCGGUCAACCCGCUUCCAGCCAGGUUGUCCUGCAUGUCCUGUUCUCACCGGAAAUCUCCGUGGAGCGACCUGUGGUCUUUUCCGGCGAAGGGCACGAGGCCACGCUGGUCUGCAUCGUCCACGGCGAAACUCAGCCUGAGGUAAUUUGGUUCAAAGACACCAUGCAAUUGGAUACCACGGAGAGGCACAUCAUGGAGACGCGCGGUUCAAGGCACACGCUGAUUAUACGCAAAGUGCAUCCGCAGGACUUUGGCAACUAUUCCUGUGUGGCCGAGAACCAGCUCGGCAAGGCACGCAAGACCCUGCAGUUGAGCGGAAAACCGAACGUUGCCGUUUUUAAUUCACCGCCAAUCAGUCAAUACAAGGACAGAUACAACAUCUCCUGGGCCGUCGACUCGCACUCUCCCAUCGAAGAGUAUAAGUUGUCCUUCCGCAAGCUGCCACAAGGACACGAGGUCGUUGGCAACUCCAUUGACUCCCCAUCCUCUUCGUCCACCUCGAUGUCCUCCUCGCAGAUGUACGGCUCCGGACUGCACUCGCACCGGAUGGGCAGCAACUUGGGCGGUGGCAUCUCUGGCAGUUACUCCGGCUACGGUAACAUGAUGCACUGGGGCCACAACGAUUGGCGCAACGUUGUCCUGCCGGCCAUCCCUCUGUCCCACCACUACGCCCAGGGCAUGAGCUACAUGAUACGCGGCCUGGAUCCCGAUCAGCACUACGAGGCCACCGUGCAGUCCAGGAAUCGAUACGGCUGGAGCGAUUUGACCAACAGCUUCGUCUUCUCCACAUCAUCUAAUGAUGGACCUGUCGAUCUGUCAACAUAUUUGAAUCACGGUCUGUCAGAUAACGAGAUGCGGGAUCUGAGUGUGACUUUCUACGGAAGCAGCGCCAUCAAUCGACAGAAAUUGAACCUCUUCGCCCUCAGUUCGGCCACCUUGACUCUGAGUUUGCUCCUGGCCUAAUUGCAGUCUUCAGUUGCCUGAGUUACGAAUUUCACCGCCAAUAGCAGUAACGUGAAUCGAUUCUGAGUUUUCGAUUUUAUUCGAGGUCGAUGUCUACAUACACACUUUAGUCGUAAAUGGUAGCCUAAGAGAUAUAUAUAUACAUAUAUAUGCCUAAGCGUAUUUAUAACAUUCCUGCUACGAUUUCUCAUUGUUCGAUUCAAAUUUCUCAACCAAGCAAAGAGUUUAAUGAAUUAUUCACAAGAAAACAAAAAGAUGAUAAGAAAAUGAUAAGAACCAUUAUACAUGUAACAAUCAAUGUAAAAGAGCAUGCAACUGUUCAAACUACAUAGGACCCAUAAAAUUUUGCUAAAUCGCAAAACUUCAAACUACUCACUCACAUUCGCAGACCAUUCCAGCACUCAUACCAGUGUACAUAGAUUUUAUUGCAUACUUUUAGGUAUAAACUGCACCAAAGAAAUAGUCACUCGACGGCGAAGAAAACAAAAUACACUUACAUAUGGUAUAUAUCUUAAAAUAUAUAUAUAUAGUACAUAUUUGGUGGAAGUUGAAAGUUAAUUGCCACUAGUGGGCCGUGGAUCAUGUAACGCGGUUCGUUUUGUCACAAUGAACCGAUAAUUUGUAGUUGUAUGCGAAUAGUUAAUUUAAUUAAUACAUAAAUGCAUAUGAGCUAAUUACCGGAUACGCCAUCACAGCACCGCGCCACACUAACGCGUUUUAGUCAAAUUUCUGAUUAAUGGGUAACAUGCAGAAACUAAUCGUUAAACUUUAACUAAUUUGCAUCAUCCGAGUACGAGUCCGAGGCCAAGCAAAACACGUAAAACUCAUUCGAUGGCUCUGUGAAGACAGACAUCAGACAUUUUUCCCAGCUUUUUGCCAAUUUGUAUGUAUGUAGCUGCUAAGUAGCUUAAUUGACCGCAAAAAUGCAAUUAAAUUAGUCAACAAACGUAUUGAUUUUGUAUGUAAAUUAAUGUAUUGCCACCGGAGCCAAGCCAGGAGGCAGGCAGAGGCAGACCGAGUAGCAAAUAGUAACUUCCACAUCAUGGUUAUUCGAUUACAAUUAGCAGUAAGUGUAAAUAAAUAUGGGGAUUGUGAGCGAUGGGAUGAGAAGUGCAGAUGGAGGCUUAGGAAGGAUCGGAUGGCCAGGAAUCCAAUCGAAAGGGCGUCACCACUGGCGAGUAGAAUAGUAAAUGGUAAACUUAAUUAAUAUCCAAGGAUACCCAAACACAGAAUGAUGCCCCAAAAUCCACUCGAGGAGUGGUUAACUCUCUCGAACACUGAACAGGGUGUGGCCAAGGUUGUUUUUAUGUAAAUAUAUCGCACCGCAAACAUUUUUGGAAUCUCAUGAUAAAUGUACUUACCAGUUCGAUAAUCGUAUUGUUGCUUCUGAACGCAAAACGGCACUCUUCGUAUUUGGUUACCCGGCACCCUGUAAUAUCUGAUUUUUUUAGCAAAACUAAAAACAAAAACCGAAACCAAAGCCAACGGAAAAUGCACUUUAGAGAAUAGUCAAUAAGCGUAAUAUUGUAAUGAGAUUUAUUGAAAAGGAAGCCUACGUAAUAAAUGUAUAUGAAAUUAAAUUGAUUUCUAAAAUAAACUCAGCCAUAUACCAGAUACACAUUCAGCUUUUAUAGGAUCUAAUAAAUGUGAGAAAAGCGGUCGGAAAAGAACCGGACCGAACCGGAAAUUAGCAUAGAAUUAUACAUAUGUAUGUGUAAUUAAUAAAACUGUCGAUCUAUUGGCCACAAAAAAGCGUUACGUGAAUUACCGCAAAUUAAAGAUUUAUGUUCAAGGUUAUGUAAAUGGAUGUACGCCAUAGUAAACAAACGAUAUGAUAAACACCACAAAAGAUAAUGUUACCGACUUUCCUUCCCUCUAGUCCCCGCAAAGUUGCUUUGGUCCAGCGACUGGAGCCCAUCGAUAAGUUAGCUAAAUCUAAAGGAUAUCGGUACUCUAAAUAUAUACGUGUAUGUACACCUGAAUACAUAGAGAAUGAGCCGUUACUUGUGUGUGUAAUUUACAGCUUAGUUAUAGUCUAUAAUUUACAGUUAUUUAAUUCGUUCGAUUUUAGUGCAAAAAAUACGAAAAUCGAGGGACGCACAGGACACUGCAGACGGUGUUGUGUGUACAAUUCUACUUUAAAGUAAUAUACUAAUACUAACCUACAACAGAACAUUUUCGGUAUUGAAUGUAUAUGUGACUAGAAACGUAUGUGUAUGUAUAUUUGAUUAUUUUGUAAAAUUUUUCAAAAACUAUAAAUAAAGUCUAUAUUACCAUAUAAAUGUAAA